CUCAACCAUCAACUCGACAACCACAAGGAACAUACACAUCUUAUGAGUACAGAUAAUCAGGCAUAAGAUACUCAAUAUGAUUCCAGAUAUAUCCUCAAGAGACUCAAAUGCUCAACAUCCCCGCAGGGAUUUUCCCUCAAAGUUCAGCCUCAACAUAUGGUGCAAUCACUUUCAUUGUUGACAGGAUCAUCAUAUCAGCCUAUUUCUCGUAUCAAAUAUAUCCUCGGCCAAGCCAGAAAUCCCCCCUCGCCAUCUCAAUACCUCCACCAACUCAAUAUGCGAAGGGCUUAAGCAUCUUUCCAACAACAAACACACAUUGAAGGCAAAGAACUGGCGGGAAAAGAUCCGAGGCUAAGAAUGAUAGGGCAAUAACUUUUUAUAUGGUCCGAUUAUUGAGGGGAAGUGGACGCCAUGGCUCUCAACUCACAACAUGAUCGCAGAAGGCGGUCUCAUUCGCAGGAUCAAGUGACAUUGUGUCUAUAAAGUCUCAUGAAUCCUGAGAGAUCCCUGCUUCUCUAUCAGUCUCCUUUGGACCUCUACUACACGGCACAGCUCUUCCGAACCAAUGCGUUUCAAUAUCCUGGUGGGCUUCGGCCUUCUGGCAGCCGAGACUGCCCUUGCAGUCCCCUGCCCACCGGCAAGCACCGCAACCCUCGAUGUGACUACUACUGUUCUGUCAACGAUGAAUGUCACUGAUGCAGCGACGGGCACUAUUACAAUGACGGACACUGUGCUUGAGACCAAUACCGUUAACACAACGGCCGUUGUGACCUCUACAGAGGUGGGUCUUGUUGCCGUGACAAGUACUGCAACUGUCAACGCCACAGAGACUGAGUUUGCUACUGUCAACUCAACGGUCAUGUUCACUUCUACAGAGACUGAUCUGGCCACUGCCACUGCCACCACAACUGCAACUGUCAACUCUACUGCUCUGUUUACCAUUACAGAGACAGAGGAGGUGACCAGCACCGAGACUGAAACUGUUAACAACACAGCUCUGUUCACGACCACUGAGAUUGAUGUCGAGACUAGCACCGAGACUGCUACAGUCAACUCUACGGUGCUAUUCACGUCCACAGAGACCGACUUCACCACGUCGACCGACGCAACUACAGCUACAACUGUUGUCUUCGUCACAAACUCAACUACCGUGACCCAGACUUCUACUGUCAAUGCUACAGAGACAGCCUUUGAGACUGAUACAGUUUUCACCACUGCUACAGUGAACACUACUGCAACUGUCAAUACCACGGCUACAACCGUUGAGACCAACACGGCUUUCGUUACUUCUACUGUUGAUACCACUGCAACUGUAAACACCACGGCCACGGAUUUCGUCACUGCUACGGUCAACACUACUGCCACUGCAUUCGAAACUGAUACAGCUUUCACUACUUCAACAGUUAAUACCACCGAAACAGUCAGAACGACAUCGGUAGUGUUUGCAACAGCAACGAUUAACUCCACAUCUACAGAGUUUGUUACUUCAACUGUCAACACUACUGCCACUGCGUUCGAAACCGACACAGCUUUCACUACAGCAACUGUUAAUACUACCGCAACAGUGAACACCACAGCUACAGCCUUCCAGACUGACACGGUGACCUCAACUGUCAACAGUACUGCCACAGUCAACACGACAGCAACAGCUUUCGAGACUGACACUGUUUUCACUACUGCAACUGUCAACGCUACCGACACGAGCACCGCCACUGUGACAACAACACAGACUGUCUUUGUAACCGCUACCGAAACUCCCACCGAUGUGACAUCUACAGAGACCAACACUGAGACUCAGACUGUCGAUGCGGCUUCUGUAGUGACUGAUACUGUUAACUCAACUUCUACAGUAGUUGUUACUGCUACCGUGACAUCUACUGUUGAUACUCCGGCCUCAAGCGCCAGCGCGACUCCUACGUCCGAUCCCGUCGCUUCACCAAGCCCUGUUUCUUCGGACCCGGCCAGUGCUUCCGGAGCCGCAUCUACUACAACCGUAGUAGUAGCCACAACGGACACUACGAGUGCUGCUGGCACACCUGCUGCUUCAGUGUCCACAUCUUCUGCCGCUGAAUCCUCACCACCAGCUUCAUCUGCUGACGAUGGUUCAGCUCCAUCCUCCUUAGCCGCUCCAGCAACCUCCUCUCCAGCUGCUACUUCAUCUCCCGCAGCCGUUUCCUCUGACCCUACAUCUGAAGCUACUGGAGCCGCUUCUGGGGCUGCCACUACUACAACCACAGUAGUAGCACCCGUGGAUACUACGACUGCUGCUAGUGAUCCUGUUGCUUCAGACCCUACGUCUUCCCCAGCACUGGCCUCUUCUGAUCCUACUUCUGCCGCCACAGGAGCUCCUACUGUCGCGGCAACAACAGUCACUACAAGUGCUACAGCAACCCCUGUUGCUGAAGACCCAACUUCAGCAGCAGAUCCCUCGUCUGCUGCGGUCACUUCUGCAGAGCCUUCUACUGAGCCUACUGCAACUGCUACUGGAGCAGCUACCACUUCAAGUGCGGUCGAUGGCGCCCCCGUCGAUGACACCCCUACGCCUUCAGCUGAUUCUACCGACUCUGCUACUUCGACCGAGGAACCCACUGCCUCCGCCACUUAGAGUAUCUAAUUAGGCCUACUACUAAUGAGAUGAGGACGUAAUCGGACCAUGCUUAAUUUGUAUUUGAAGGCCCGGUAUCAUAAUGGAGGGGUCUGAACGACUCAGGUGUGGCUGAUAUGGGACAAGCACAUUGUGGAGUCAUACCGGGAGCUUGAUUGAUAUCGUGUUACUAAUAGUUCAAAGUCUUUCCUUAAGAACCGGAUCGUUCAUAGUUACUUUUGGUUGUCAAGCAAUAUACAAGUGUUGGGCUCC